UGCUUCUGUCUGGACAGCCACCCUGGUUCCAGCUUCCUGCUGGAGACAAGGACUGGGGGUGUGGUGCAAGAAACAGAUGGUCUACUGAAUAGCUGAAUGUCAGAAGACUUGAGCUACCUGUGGGAGCAGCUGGAGGACAGAGGAGAUUCUAGUGCAGAGGAAUGGACGUGGCUGGACUGUUACAAGAAGCAAGCAAAUGCCCCAUCUGCUCAGCCUAUCUUGAAAAGCCAAUAUACAUGGAAUGUGGAUGCAUCUUCUGCCUUAACUGCAUCUAUUCACUGCAGAUAGAGCCACAUGGGGAGGAUUUAGUUUGCUAUUUGUGCCCCAUGAUCUCUCAGAAAAACAACCUCAGGCCCAACUGGCAGCUGGGAAAGCUGGUUUCCAAGAUCAAGGAGCUGGAGCCCCAUCUGACAACUAUUCUACAGAUGAACCCAAGGAUGCAGAAAUUCCAUGUGGAUGUGACCUUGGAUAUUGACACAGCCAACAAGUUCCUCCUCAUUUCUGAUGAUCUCAGGAGUGUCCGCUGUGUGUGCAUCACACAGAGUCGACAGGACCUUGCUGAGAGAUUGCAGUUGCCACUUUGUGUCCUGGGUACCCCUCACUUCACUUCUGGCUGCCAUUACUGGCAGGUGGAUGUGGGAAUGAGCACACAAUGGGACCUGGGAGUUUGUAAAGAAUCUGUUCACUGGAAAGGAAAGAUCCAACUGACUACAGAUCUUGGAUUCCGGACUGUGAGUCUGAAGGCUGGAGGCUACUCAUUUGCCAACACAAUGCCUCAGACUGCCCUCUGCUCAGAUACCAAGGUACAGAGAUUGGGGAUUUUUCUGGAUAUGGAUAUGGGCAAUAUUUCCUUUUUUGAUGUAGACAAUGGAUCCCACAUCUUUACGUUCACCAAAGUUUUUGCUGAGGAGCCACUGUGCCCAUUUUUUGCUCCUUCAAUUCCACCUAAUGGUGAUCAGGGUUUCCUGAGAAUCUGUCCUGUGAUGAGCCAAGUCACUGCUGAUCCUCUAGCCCAUCCUGGGGAGCAUGAAUAGACCCCCACGGCAAAGAAAUACUCACAGAAAGUUACUUUGUGGUUAGGCCUAGGCACUUUCUACUUGGUAAAAGUAUUAUACAAAAGUCAUAGUAGAAAAUUUCAUGAAUGUAAUUAAUGUAGUGUAUAAAUUGAGUGCUAAGUACUAAUCAGAUAAUUUAAUUAGUGUGUAUCUAUCUAUCUAUCUAUCUAUCUAUCUAUAUAUUUUUUUUAGACAGAGUCUCACUUUUGUCCACUUUGGGAGAGUGCCGUGGUGUCAUAGCUCACAGCAACCUCAAACUCUUGGGCUCAAGUGAUUCUCUUGCCUCAGCCUCCCGAGUAGCUAGGACUACAGGCACCUGCCACAACACCCGGCUAUUUAUUUUUAGAGAUGGGAUCUCUCUCUUGCUCAGGCUGAUCUCCAACCCAUGAGCUCAGGCAAUCCAUCCGCCUCAGCCUCCCAGAGUGCUAGGAUUAUAGGGCGUGAGCCUCCACACCCAGCCUACCCCACCACAAUCCACUGUAGUUUUAGAUGACUCAAGGAUGAUUGAGUUUUCUGAGUAAAAAUGCAAAACCAUGACUCCUUGGGGGUGGGCUGGGAUGGGAUUAGGUUCUAUAUUUAAGUGAUAGGAUUAAGUGCUCUCUUUUCCUGGGGAACCAUUUUUUGGUUAUUGCUGGUUACUCUGAUGAUUUUAAAUCUAAGCAAAACAUUCUCAAUACUC